AUGUUUUUGCAGUCGUUAGAUCGAUUAGCCAUUGAUGAGUCCAAACGGGAUUUUAUUUAUGACACAGAUGAUGAUGAUGAUUUAAUUGACAUUACAAAAGAAGUAUUUGCUUCUCUAGAGAGUAUAACCAACAAUAAAGUGGUGAAAUCCCCGUAUUUUGAAUUAUUGGAAGGAACCAGAGCUUUAGAAGUUCUCAAUCCAAAGUUGGACACUGGUUUAAUAGAAUUAACUCGCGAAGAACUUACGUUUGAUUGUAGCAAACCGCAAGAGGUAAACGUUAUUAUCAAUAUUCAAACUAAAUUAUUGUCAAAUUUAAUCAAUUGGUUAGAAAGUGACAGUUUGCCAGUUACUGUAUUGAGUUGUCGAUAUGUUCAAACAUUAUUAGUCAACUAUUUGAAUCAUGAGAAUUCAGGGUUAGGAAAAUUCUCCUUCUACAAUUCCAGAUUAUCUCCAGUUGACCAUCUGAAAGAUGAUUUGAAUUAUCAAUUAAUACAUCGAGUAUUGAAAACGUUUAUUAUGGGACUAUGUAAGUUUAUUGGGUUUACAAUCUAUUUGUCAAGAACAGUAUUGUAUGAAGAAGAAGAUUUGAAUACCAAAUCGAUGAAUUUGAAUUUUUUCGAUGAUAUAUCUCCUGGAUAUUUUAUUGAAGAAAUCAAUGAUUGUAUUGAAUGGAUAUUAAGCAAUGAUGAAAUUGUCGAAGCUGAUACGUUGAUCACUCAAUUAAAAAUUGUUGCAAAUUUGGUCAAAUUUGAAAAUACUUUUAAAAUCACUCAACGUACAAGUUUUAUGGAAAAUGAUAGUCAAACUUCCAGCUUUGGAUUUGAUUUUUGUCUAGAUGCAAUUAAUCAAAUAACUAAAUUACAAACCAUCAAGUUUGAUGACUCAGUUAUCCCAACUGGUUCAUUUUCAAAAUUCAUUCAAAUUGAUUUGGAAAAUAAAAGUAUUCCUGCAGAAUUGACCAACAUUAAUUUAGAAACUACUUGGGAUUGUCUAACUAAUAUUUUUAAAACUAUUCACAAAUUUACCAACCAAGCCAAUUCCAUCAAAUCAAUUAACCAAUUGUAUGAUUUUUUACAAUAUAAUGUAAAAUUCCCCAUCGAUAAUGUUUCUGUUUUCGCUCGUGGGUUUUUCCAAUUGUAUUUUAUACGUGAUGAUAAAUCAAUAUUUGGCUCAAAUAAUGUCAAUUUACCAAAUUUAGUUGUUGAUUGGAUUGAAAAUGUAAUUGGUAAAAAUACAAUUAUGUUAGGUAAAAUCGAGAACAAUUUAUCUCAAAUCAAAGAUAGUGCCAAAGCAGAAAUCAUAAAAGUGCAUAAUGCAAAUACAACUGAUUUAGAAAGUGGCAUGUAUCAUUAUUUGACGACAUUUGCUAGUAACCCUUGUCGGCUGCAACAAUUAUUAUCCAAGGGGUUAAUUUUAUGGGACACUUUACAAGUUGGUUGGGAAUCAUUUGAAUACGAAAUGUAUAAAGGAUUUGGUGUGGGUGAUGAGUUUGCCACUGGUGAACUUAGUAUCAGUGUCACGUCCUAUGUUUAUUUUGGUAAAUUACAAAUGAUGUUAGAGUUAUUAUUAAAUGGUAUUUCUUUGGAUCUUUAUAAACCAUUUGAAAUGUAUUUGAUCUAUUGGUAUGCCGAUUAUUUGAUUUUGAAUAUUAUUGAACAUUUAGAAAACAGAGUAUCACAAAUUCUAUUAGGGAAAAUCAACCAUUUAGAAACAAAUAUUCCUAAAAAAAUCAAAAAAUUGAAAGCAGGAUCUAAAAAGGAACAAUUAAAGGAACUCAAUUUGUAUAAUCAACAAGUGAUAAUUCCACAAUUAACUGCAACAUUGAAUUUCAAUCAAGAUUAUUUAAUCAAAUCAUUAAAGGCAUUACGUAAUUUGACUCAAUGUCAAUUGAAAUAUCUUUCUGUAUUAUCAAAACUACAAAUAAUCGACUAUACAAAGGGCCCAAUUAAUAAUCUCACAUCAAUGGAAAAUCUAUAUCACCUUAGAAUGAAACCAUGGUCAUCAAUAGGUGUUCCAAUGUUCCCAACUUUUGAACAAUAUCAAUCAGCUCUAACCACAAACACUAUACCUGGAACGAACAAUAAAGUAACUUUAAUGAAAUGUCUUGAAUUAUUAGCUAGUGCAAAAAAUAAUCUUGUUGUUGUUGAAAAAGAAUAUAAUCAAUUGAUUGACUAUAUUAAACGAGACACUAAAAACAAUUUUUUACCAGAUUCAUCAAUUAUUACUUGGUAUGAAGAAUUAAUUUCUUCAAUGGGUCAAAUCAAUGAUAAUAUAUCUCAAAUCUCGAAGAUUAUUUCAUUAAAUAAAAAUGAUUUGGAUUUGAAAAAUAAAUAUAAAAUAUCUAUCACUAAAGGAUGUCAUAAAUAUUUCCCAAACAUUUCCAUUAUUUCAUGUACAGUAUAG